UAAUUUCGUGUAUAUUUGGCUUAUUCGUAUUCUAUUUAUAUUUACUAUUUAACUAAGUAUACCGUAUACGUCGAUUAUGAUUCGAAAUAAAUAAAUCAAUAUAAUUAUAAACAUGGAUAACACGGAAACUAAGACGCAACAAGAUGUUUCUAAGAAAAAUUCCUUUGACGAACUAUCUAAAGAGGAACUGAUUAUGAAAUGUAAAAACUUGCUUCUAAUUGCUCAAAAAGCAAGGCAUUCCAAGCAAGAGCUUCAAGGUGAAAUAGACCAAUAUAGAGUGAAGCAACAGGAAUAUGAAAACUCAAAGAAACAAUAUGAUGAAAAAAUUCAUACUCUCGAGGAACUUGCUAAUUCUCUUACUGAGCAGAAACUUAACUACAUAACUGACCUUGAGUCUGCCCAAAAUAAAUUGAAAAAUUUAAAUCAACAGUGUAUAAAGUAUGAAGAAGAAAUAAAAAAUUACAAAGCAGAUUUAGUGAUAAAGGAAAAGAAAUAUGCAGACUCAAUUAUCCAGUUAUCUGACCUAGACAGUGAAAAUAUAUCAUUUAAAAGACAAAAUACCAGACUUGUGGAGGAAAAUGAGCAACUUCUUAACCAGCUGUCUGAGUUGGAAACAAAGAUAGAAGAGUUCAAUAAUAUUGGACUACAGCAAAGAGAACAAUUGAAGGUGUUAGAAGAAAAACUCCAGUCAGAAUCUGCAUUUGAAGCAACAUUUAAAGAACUUAACGACAAAAUUGCUGAUCUAGAAAGUAAACUUAAAUCAUCAGAAAAUACUGAUGAAGCUAAGAAUAAAACAGUUGAAUAUGAAAAUAAGAUAAAGGAGUUAACACAACUAUAUGAGAAUGAAAAAAUCAACCAAGAAAAAUCUAGCAUUAAGUUAAAAAGUUACAGAGAUAAAAUAUCUAAAUGUGCUGCUUGUAUAUCUCAACUUAAAAAUUCCAGAUUCAUAUUAUCAAAAACAGUUAAAGAAUAUUCAGAAAACAUUCCUAAAUGGCAAAAUGACAUUAUCGCGGCAUCCGUCGUUUUAGAUGGCCAGUUAAAAAAGCUUACUGAAGAAAAUAAUAGGUUAAUAGAUAAGUUAGCCAUAUUAGAGGAGCAAAUAAAACAACAGACGAGUGUAACAGACUGUGAUGCUACAGUACCUACGUUAAAAGAAGAAGUUCAGGCCCUAAGAAACCAAAUUAUCCAAUUACAAAAUCAAAAAGGUAAUUUGGAACAAAAUAACAAUGAACUCGCAAAACAUUUACAAACUCUUAAAGAUAAUAUCCAAGAUAGUGAUAACAUAAAACAUGAACUGGAAAAACUAGGAGAAAAAUAUGAAGCUUUAUUGAAUAGGAACACAGAAUUGGAAAAGACAGAGACCAAGAAUGCAGAACUAAUUGACCAGCUACAGAAAAAAAAUACAAAUAAUGAAGUUAUGGAACAUUUGAAAUUACAAAUAAGAGCUUUGGAAAGUGAAAAAUCUACACUAGUCAAAGAAAAACUUAAUGCUAGGGACAUGUCUCUGGAAUUAGAAGGGAAAAAUAAUACCUUAACCAGUCAAGUACAAAAAAUGCAAAAUGAUAUACAUCAUUUGAACUUAAAAAUUAAUGAAUUACUAAAAGAGAACGAAGUUUUACACGAACGUGCAAAAUCUGAAAAAGAUGGACAAGUCAAUGUGUUAAAAUGUCAAGUGGCAGCUCUUCAAGAGCAGCAUGAUUUACUGAAAAAAGAGUACGAAAGUAUGGUCGAUAUUAAUGGAUUAUUAAGGGAAGAAGUUGAAACUCUGAAAUUAUCUUUAGAACAGCCCAAAGAUGAGUCCGAUAAUAUGUCUGAAGUAAAUGAAUCUUUGCAAACAGAUAUUGUAAAGUUGGAAACAAAAUUGUCGGCGUACAAACAGGAAAAUGCUUCACUUAUAGCCGAAGUUAAAGAAUCACGUUCGAAACUAAAAGAGUUUGAUAGUCUAGUAGCUGAAAAUGAAGAUGCAAAAUUAAAACUUUCCAGUUAUAAAACGGAAAACGCAGAGUUACUAAACGAAAUGAAGGAAAUAAAUCAAGUACUUAAAGAACGUGGAGAGAGUAUAUCUAAAUUACAAAAAGCUAUUGGGGAAAUGGAGAGGUUAAUCGAUACAUUAGAAAAAGACAGGGAUACCUCUAAUAAGGAAAAAGACGAACUUCGUAAAACAAUAGGAGUGUUAGAACAUGAUUUAACUAACGCAAAACAGAAAACUACUGAAGAGAGUGACAUAAGCCAACAGUUAUUGUCUGACAGAGAAAGUGCAAUAAAGAGCUUGGCUGAAAAAGACGCUGUAAUUUUGGCUUUAAGGGAAGAAAUAGAGAAACUUAAACAACAGUCUUGUUCUGCUGCGGACAUAAGUAAUGAAGAUAUGUCUACUUCAACGAUAUCUAAAGCGGAAGAAUAUUCCCGUAUGCGAGAUUUAGAUGAAACUUUUGAGGAAAAGUACACGAAGCUACGAAUUUUUGCUUUAAAACUAAAAAAGAAGUUGAAUGAAACCAUGAUGCAGUUGCAAAGCGCAGAAAAAGAAAAAGAGAAACUUACUAAGUUACUCGAAGAGACUUCUAAAACAACGGUAGCCUCGAAUGACGAGGUCGAUCAAGGGCACGCGGACCAGACUCAGCAGGAACAAAGAAACCAGGCUGUCAUAUCUGAACUCGAGACAAAAGUGCAAAGUCUCACUCUCUCUGUCCAGUCUAUGGAAAGUUCUACGAGUGAAUUACAGCUACUUAAAGGCGAACUUGCAAGUGUAAACCAGAGGUUAGAAGCUGAAAUAGAGGCACACAAGGCUACAAAGGAAAGCCUGGAUAAAGCUCGUCGUGAUGUUAAGAAAAAAGAUGUCCUUAGCCUAGAAAUGGAAGAUUAUGAGAAAUCAAUGAAAGAUUUAACUUCCAAGAUGCAAGAAAACAAGAAAAAAAUAGUACAGAUGGAGUCUACAAUCGAUACGCAAGAAGGAACCAUCGCCUCUAUGAAAGUACAAAUUAAUUUGUUAGAAGAACAAAUAAAAGCUGAAGAAACACAGAAUCGGUUGAUACGAGAGGAAUUACAGAAUGCUAUCGACGAAUCAAAAGAAAAGGACGAAGUCAUUCAAGCAAAAAAUAACAUCAUUGCAAAAUUAGAGCUAGAAGUCGAGGACCAGAAGCGGAAAAAUGAAGAAUCAAACCUUGAGACUACCUCUUUACUGAGUGAUAAAGAAAAGAUAAUCAUCAGUCUCGGCCAAGACAAGGCGGAAUUGAAUAACAAAAUGAAACGAAUAGAGUUCAAGUGCGCUGAACUAAAUGACCAAUUGAAUAUCACAAAAAUUGAGUUGGAGGAUUUGAAGACUGAACAUGCUAGUUAUAAGGUUAGAGCUCAAGCCGUGCUGCGGCAAAAUCAGACGGUAGACCACAGCCAGGAGGAGCGGCUGAAGGAAGAAGCCGCUGCGUUCAAGGCUCACAUCGAAACCCUUACGUCUAAACUGGCGACCGUCCAGUCGCAGUGCUCCGAGGCAGAGGAGGAGGCGGCGGCGGCGCGGCGGCGCGCGACGGAGUCUGCGGGCGAGCUGGCGCGGGCGCAGCAGCGGGCGACCCGGCUGCACGCCGACCUCGCGCGCCUCACCCACCAACUAGAGACCGAGCGGACGCACCACAAGCUACAAGUAUCAACACUUACACAAUGUUACAAGACGCAAAUGGCAGACAUGGAGGCGCGGCACCGCGCGGAGUGCGCCGAGCUAAGGAACCAGCUGACGAUCGCGCAGGAGACCGCGCCGCUGCCGCCGCCCGACCUCGACAACCGCAACUACGUGCCCGUCAUACCCAAGGAGGACAGCGACUCGGAGAUCGACAUCAAUGUGUCCAUGAUACCGAGAGAAGAAGGAGAGGGUUCAGAGUCGGCGCCAUCGCCACCACCAUCAAAAUACAAAGCCGAAGGGGCGAAAAGCGGCGCGCGUUCGCCGGUGCCGCUGGAGCGGCUGCUGGAGGAGGGCGUGCCCGAGGACGAGGCCUCCGACGCCGCGGCCCUCGGCCUCACGCCCGACCAGGAGAUCCUGGACCUGCGCCGCAAGCUGAUGUCGCAGCAGCAGAGAGUGAAACACGUGACCGUGCUGCUGUCGGAGUCGGAGCGGGAGUGCGCGCGCAUGGCGCAGCUUGCUGAGCUGCUGAAAGGCGAGCUGCGGCGCGUGCGCGGCGCCGCCGGCAACACCGCGCACAACGCCGAGUACAUGAAGAACGUCACGCUCAAGUUCCUGACGCUGCCUCCGGGUGACGAGCGCAGUCGGCUGGUGCCCGUGCUGCAGAAGAUCCUGUCGCUGACCAAUGACGAGACGAGCAAAAUUCAGGCAGUUGCUAAAGGAAUGGAUCCAAAUCCAAAAGGCUGGGGAAGCUACCUGCCUUGGCCUGGGGGAAAAUAGCGUUGUAUUUUUGUAGCCGUAUGCUUUGAUGAAAUUAGAAAUAAAAAUAAAAAGGUUAAUUAAACAAACAAAUUAAAUACUUUAAUAUAAAAAAUGUUAUAUUGGUUGUAGGUAUCGGUCAAAUUAAUUUCAAAAGUAUAUAAUUUUGGCAGUUAGUAAUUGUUUGAUCGAGAAAUAAUGUACUAUUUUGAUUAUGCUAGCCGCCAUGACGUGACUAUUAUCCGCGCCACUCUCCUCCAGUUAAUUACUCCUAAAUAUGAUUAUCAUGUGAAUAAUUACUGUUAUAUGGAACAACGCGCUAAACACGAAAUAAGGAGGAUUAAGGGGUAAACUAUAAAAACAAACUUUUUCAUUCCUAUUGCUAUUUUUAUUUAAGAAAUGUAUCAAUAUAAUGUACUUUACACUAUCUUUACGAGUACGUACAAUUGUCGUACAUAUAUCGUAACAUAUAGGUAUUUGUAUGAAUUUUGAACUUCUUUAAGUAAGUAUUAUGUAGUUGUUUUGUAUUAUAUACGUGUUACGUUCAGGAAAUCAUAUUUGUGUGUACGUGACCAUUUAUAUUUUAUUCGGCUUUACCAGUUUGUAUUUAAUAGUUAUUCUAUUAUUAUUAUAUAUUUUAUUUGCGAAAUUUAGCUGAUUAAAUUAUACUAUUUGAGGAAUUUAUUACUGUGUAGUGCAUUACUGGUCCCCUCGAAUAUUAAUAGGUAUUCAAACUUGUUUCAUUAUUAAAAUGAUCGCGGUCAUUAAGCAGUGACAUCAUUUUCAAUGGCAAAAAUGAUAAUAAACAUUAAUUUGAAUAAUAAAUGCCAUCAAGUUUGGAACCGGAUGUCUGUAUUACCUAAUACAUAUAACAAGUAUAGUGUCAGCCUGGUGAAUCUGCUUUCAAUUGCAUAUUACUACAUUAAAAUAUUGUGUUCGUCUCGAACUUAAUGCUUCAGGCGUUGUUCGUGCAUUUCAUAGUCUUAACUAUUACCACUAAUAAUAAACAUUAUAAUUAUAAUUUAGUUUUAGUUAAUUACUUAUGCAUACUGAUUUAGACUCAGAUACAAUAACCAGUAUUUACUUAAUGAAGUUAUAUUUUGUCGCAUACUAUAUUAAGCAUAUAUGUUUUCAGUACAUACCUACUUCAUAUAAACAUGUAGGUCAUAAUGGUAGUAAAGUCUUAACAUUGUAGAAACCUCAAGGAAACGAAUUAUAUCCCCUUAUUGUCGGAGGGUCAAAAUAUUAUCUAAAAUGUUUUUGUCCAAUUAGAUUACAUGGGGCUGAUUUAGACGGCGCGCUAACUCGCAUGCGAUUUUAGUUACAUUGCAAACUGUUGGUUACGUCCUAUUCAACCGACCGAUCAAAACCCGCAAUGUAAUGAAACUGGCAUGCGAAUUCUCGCAUCGUCUAAAUAGGGCUAAAGACAUAUUGUUAGUUCAAUAUAUUAACCCGGUCUCUUUUCUUUGCAAAACAUUGAUGUUUUUGCAAUUUUUAAGUUGUUUCUUCACUUUAGCUAGUUGGUUAGACUCAACAUUUGACUGAAGGAAAGAAGAAAAGAUGCAUAGAAGGGAUGAGGUUGAAUGGUAAAUAUUAUAGACGUGAAACGCAAUAACAUCGGACCAAGAUAUUGGACAGAUGGAAUACCACCCUAAGCAAUAUAGGUAAACAACAACUCGAGCUAACUUGUAUCAUAAAUACGGCAGUUCAUCUCCUGUGUGUUUCGGUACUAAUGAAUAAUGAUUUAGAUAUCAUACAACACAGAUGAUAUUAACCUUUUGGACGCCAAUGACCGAUAUAUCCGCACCGCAGGUCCAACGCCAAAGACCGAUUAAUCGGUCACAGAUCACAGAGCAACAUAGACCUACGUGCAUAUGCAUAAAGUUCAAUUUCAGUUUUAACACUUCGGUGACGUGGCGUCCCGAGUGCAGCUUUUAUGUUUUGACACGGCUUCGAAAAGGUUAAAACGCAUUGACUUAUAUUUAUAAAGACGGGCACUAAGGCUAACUAGCCAAUUGUGCAGUCUAACGCAACUAGUUGCUGAUGCUAAACCCUUUAACCAAUAGCGUCGUGCCGGUAGACUGCCGCUGUACUUUCCCCAUUCUUAGUGCCUGUAAGUAAUGCUCUAGUUUCCUAGGAUAGCGGUGCCGUCAUAUAGCGGCCGACUCCAUACUAAAUAAUACGGCUAAAUAAGGAUGUCGUAGUAUUUGUAUGGAGACGGCACCGCUAUCCUAGGAAACUAGAGCAUAAGGCCCAUCUUUAUAAGUCAAUGGCAAAAUGUAGGUGGUCACGAUCAGCUAUAGGUGUCUGGAAAUUUAUUACAUAUUAUUUCAAAAACACAUACCUACCUACUAAAGUGCGACAUAAAAUAGAAGAAAAUAAAGUGGAACUAACAAAAACCAUACUAAAUUGUUGCCAUGUUUAAGCAUUUUACGUCAAAAAUGUGCCAGUUACAUAGAAAGUGGUGCCCUCAUUUAAUUUCUACUAUUUUAUUUUAUGUCGUACUAUACUAAAUACAAAACAGUUUGUUUAAAUAAUUAUAAGAAAUGUACCUAGAUGAAAUAGAUUUAUAUUUAUUUAUAUGUAGAUAGAUAUGUGAGAAGAGCGUAUGUGGGGCACCCGGGCGGAAACGUCCGUCCGGGCGUCCCAGAUACCGCUGGAGUGACGAAGCCGAAAAAGACCUGUCCGCCCUCGGGGUACCCAACUGGCGCGAAGUGGCGCAUAAUAGGGCAGAGUGGCGCUCUCGUGUCAGAGGCCAAGAUCCUCUUUGGGUCACUGAGCCAGCGAUGAUGUAAUAUGUAGAUAAAUAAUAAAACACUUCUGCAAUUCAGAAU